CAAAUCCUUAGCUCUAUUAGCUACUUGUCUUCGUGUAAGUGAGAUCAGCUUCUCUGUCACAAGUGGAUGAAAGGCAGGGCAGUUGGUGUUCCUGAUGUUCUGUGAACCUGCUCUGACUCCUUUCCUGCCGUUCAGAAGGCCCACCUGUGCCCAGCCAAGCACACAGCAGCAGCAGAUCAACCUCGCCUGACAUGUCUGGGCGGCUCUCUGCAGUGGCCGUGCUCUUCCUGUCCUUAGCUGUAAUUUUACAUAGCCAUCAAGUAAGAGAAAAAAAAUUUACAAAAACCAGAGACUAUCUUCAAUAUGCCUCAACAGCAACAGGACAGACCACAACAAAACCUCUUCUACAGCUGACUAACCAAACACGCCAUGUAACUUUAGCAGCAAGAUCAAGGGAUGAUCACAUUCAAAUGACUGCUGAAACUUCCACCUCUGAAAUCACAGAUCACACAACAAUCAAAACAAUAAUCCCAGGAACUACAAAAAGCCUUCUCAGUAGACCAGUUAGCUACACCUUUGUUACACCUAAUAACUCACACAUGACUGCUUCAUCUACUGAAGGUACCAUUGGCCCUAGUUCAGUGGCACAUUUACCAAUUCAUACAACUGGAGCGAGUCCAUCCACUGUCAAUCAAAUAACUGGGAGAACUCCCCAACCUGGUGGUCAGACUACCCUCUUCAAAACAUUUUUCACAGCAUCACACAAAAGCACAAUCAAUCAGAAGACAACGCCACCCACCCAUGUCCCAGGAACAUCAGUACCUACACACAAGGACAGCUUGACAACCUCCCCUGCCCCCAUGGUUCCUGGGCCCACUCUUGAAACCCGGUCAUCACCAGCCAAGACUGGAACUUAUGAAGUCCUAAAUGGAAGCAGUCUCUGUAUAAAAGCAGAGAUGGGGAUAGAGCUGAUCGUUCAAGAAAAGGAUUCGGAUUUUGCAACUCAGAGACACUUCAACAUUGACCCCAGCCUAACCCACGCAUCUGGGAAAUGUGGCUUCCAAAAAUCCCACCUCUUCUUGGAUUUCCAGGGUGGAUCAGUAAACAUCACAUUUAUUAAGGAAGAAAACACAUAUUAUAUCAGUGAAGUGGGAGCCUAUUUGACUAUCUCAAAUACAGAGAAGACGUACCAGGGAAUGAAGCGUGCUAUGAUGAUGUUUGAGACAGUAGUCGGACAUUCCUUCAAGUGUGUGACUGAGCAGAGCCUCCAGCUGUCAGCUCAGCUUCAAAUGAAAACAAUAAACAUUCGUCUCCAAGCCUUCCAGUUUGAAGGAGACCGCUUUGGAAAUGUGGAUGAGUGCUUGUCUGACUACACAGUUGUGCUUCCUGUGGUCGGGGCCAUCGUGGUCAUCCUCUGUGUUGUGGGUCUGGGUGUCUACAAAAUCCGGCAAAGAUAUCAAUCAUCUGGAUACCAGAGAAUCUAAUUUAUAGCCAAAGGAAAUGCCAAUAAUGGACUUUAGAAAAAAUUUCCAUCAUUUCUAGAACAUUGGAGGCUUCUCUUAUUCACUACCAACCUCUAAAACCAAUGAGUGAUCAGUGAUUAAAAUUGAAACAGCAUAUCAAUUUUGAAUAUUUUUGCUCGUCUCAUGAAAGACUAAGGAAGAUAUUUGAGUACUUUCUAGAUUUUGUUGGAAAAUUUUAACUAUUCAAAGGAAUAUUUGAGAAACAUUGAAUUAAGGCAGUGUACAAAAGUGACAGGCUCUAAACAAACUAUAAACCAAAAUAAUUGAGUUUAAUUGCCCUGCUUGUGUUUGCCUAGAGAAAUUUGUUUUAGCAUUAAUAUUUUCAUUUCAAAAUAUUUCACUGGAUUUUCUUACCGUCUCUGUUUAUUUGAUGUAUGUGUGUCUGACAUGGUACUUACCUUCUUUUCCAUUUAAAUGUUUUUAGUUAUCAAAAAGAACAACAUAUCUCAUAUUGUUUUGAUUUUUACAUGAAAACGACUAAAUUUUUUCCUUCAUGAUUCUUGCUUCAGAAUUAAUAGAGACUAAGAAUUAACUGUCUGUAGACAACACAGCAAUAAUAAAAAGCAUCAAUAAUCACAGCCUUUAGCUAUACAACAUUUGUGUUAACUUAAGAAAUGUAGUUUCCUUUAAUCUUCAUAAUUUACAGAAAAUAAAAUCUGCCAUCAAUCACUUG